AUGUCGUCCCUUGAGUUUUCGGACGAUUUUCAUGUCCGUAAUAGUCAUUUCGCUAUAAAUCUAUCAAUUAUAUUUUCGUUACAGAUUCAAUCAUGGGGCGAGAUCUCUCUCUCUCUCUCUUUCUAUCUAUUUUGGCGUGUUCAGAUAUCUCUCUCUAUAUAUUUGCUUGUUCACAGCUCUCUCUCUCUCUCUCUAUCAUUGCGUGUUCAGAUCUCUCACUCUCUCUAUCAUUGCGUGUUUAGAUCUCUCUCUCUCUAUCAUUGCGUGUUCCGAUCUUUAUCUCUCUCUCUGCGUGUUCCGAUCUCUAUCUCUCCCUUUUUCCCUACAUUUGCGCGUUCAGAUCUCUCUGUCUCUCUCUCUCUAUCAUUGCAUGUUCAGGUCUCUCUCUCUAUCAUUGUGUGUGUAGAUCUCUCACUCUCUCUGUAUUUGCGUGUUCAGAUCUCUCUCUCUCUCUCUCUCUCUCUCUGCGUUUUCUCUCUCUCUCUCUCUCUCUCUCUGCGUUUUCCGAUCUCUCUCUCUCUUUUUCUCUGCCUUUGCGCGUUCGGAUCUCUCUCCCUUUCUAUCAUUGCGUGUUCAGAUCUCUCCCUCUCUCUCUCUCUUUGUCCGCUCAGAUUUCUCUCUAUCUUUCUCUAUCUCUGCGUGUUUAGAUCUCUCACUCUCUCUCUAUCUUUGCGUGUUCAGAUCUAUCACUCUCUUUAUCUUUGCGUAUUGAGUCAUCUCACUCUGUCUUUGCGUGUUUAG